GGUGAACAAUGAAGGUCUUGUUGUGCUUGGCAACGGUUGUACUGACCUUCGGGUCAAUGGCAGAAGGGAGAGACAUUCCUCUCAAGGAAACAGAGUGGAAUAAACUGGCAUCGGCGUGUACAAUCAAUAUCAAUACUCAGCUACCGAGGCCACAGCCGCUGUUUCUGAUUCCCGGUACUGACCAAUUCCGAUAUCCUCAAUCGGAUGACCGACUUCUACAUCUGGAGGCGGGAGAAUACCUAGAGCUGGCUUGCGACAGUGGUUUCAAUAUUUCUCCGGGCAAGAACUCCAUCAUGGUGUCAUGCGUGUUUGAGAACAUGUUCAACUACGACAGCACUAUGUACCAAUUUAGUCAGUUUUCCUGCACGGAGAAUUGGUUCAGCACUGCUCGUCGUACUCCGCAAUCUUGCGAACAGAAUGCGUUCAUCGUAGAAAUCGGAUUCGAUAUGGGAUCACGUUUCCCGAAGAUCAUGGACGUCUGUCACAACGAACAAACAUUUGAGAAUCAUUGGAUCAAGCAUGAGUUUCAUAGAGCUCAUGCUGGUUUCCAACAGGGAGUUCCACGCCCUUCCUGGCACCAAGGAAAUUUCUACCCUGGCAUAAACGUGAAUACCCUGUACACUAUCAGUCGUCAGCGGCAAACCUUGGGUACGAUCCUGAAUUCACAGCAAAUCGCCGAUGAGCUGGUAUUGGACGUUAGCACUGGAAUUUACAUGGCCCGUGGACAUAUCGCUGCGCGCGCUGAUUUCAUCUACGGAACGCAUCAGAACGCUACCUUUUGGUUCUUGGUGGCUGCACCCCAAUGGCAGAACUUCAACGACGGAAACUGGCUUCGUAUCGAAGAUAGUUCACGCAACUUUGUAGCUGCCCGAAAUAUCCACGUCACUGUCUAUGGUGGCACGUACGGUGUGCAUACCCAAACCGAUGCCAACGGUGAUGAGCAACCGAUCUACCUGGACUUUGAUCCGAACGGAACGCAACGCCUGCCGGCACCGAAGAUCUACUAUAAAAUUUUGCAUGAUGAACGAAACAAUGCUGGUAUUGUGCUGAUUGGUGUGAAUGACAUUCACAUCGAUUCAAUGCAACGGAUUCAAGAUGAGUACAUGUUCUGCGAGGAUAUUGGCGAUAAGGUGAGCUGGAUCAACUGGGACAGGAAGAACCUUGCGCUGGGAUAUUCGUAUGCUUGUGAAGUGAACCCAUUCCUGAAGCGAAUUGGCCACCUCUCGCACCUGAACAUCGCAAAUUUGCUGAUUUAGGAUCUGUGAUCCACCAUAAUCAGUAUUAUUAAAUCCAUUGAUAAGAGUUGAAUGGAAAUAAUAUCAAUAAAAUCACUUCAAAUAAUCUGUGAUAAACU